AUGCGGGCGGCGGGCGACUGCCUAGCACGUCUCACGUUCAAUGCAAAGUCGACUGUGCUGAAGCUCCGUGACUGCCUCCAUGCCCCAGACACCUGUGUUAACUUGCUGUCUGUCGGCCGCUUUGUCUCCAAAGGCAUUGGCUGCUUCUUUGCUGACAAAAAAGUGGUCAUUUCGAAAGGGGGCGUGACACUCGGUCAGGGCCCCAUGGUUGGGAACAUCUUUGUCAUCGAUGUCGAAUUUCUCUGGCCUCCCACACCCAUCAGCAACGGGAUUCCCAAACCCAUGCCUGACGUGGCUUGCUUCAGCCCCGUCGCUGUCACCUUGGACCUCUGGCAUCACCGCCUCGGUCAUGCAGGCGAGGGGGCAACGCGGAGUCUCCUCAAAUCCACUACCAGCGUCUCGUUCUCACCCACCAAUGCCCUCUCCAAAUGCGAACCAUGUAUCAUCGGAAAGCACGCUCGAUCUCCAGCACCAUCAUCUGUUGGCCCCAAAACCACGAAGCUCCUUGAGCUAAUUCACUGCGACCUAUGCGGCCCCUUCCCCGUUGAAACUCCACACGGAAAGCGAUACUUCAUCAUAUUCCUUGAUGAUUUCUCAAACGUUGUCAAUGUUCAGCUUCUCGCGACUAAGGAUCAAGCAUUCGAUGCGUGGUUACUGGUUCAGGCGAAGUGGGAGAACAAGUUGGGUUUGAAGGUUGGGCGAUUCCGGUGCGAUGGGGGCAGAGAGCUAGAGGGAAAGGAUCAGAAGUUUGUCCAGCAGCUGCAGGAGAGGGGGAUCGAGCGUGACAUCACACCACCGUAUGAGCACUGGAAGAAUGGGAAGGCUGAACGUGUCAUUUGCACCCUACAGGGAUGUGUCCUUGCCAUGCUGACCGCCGCGCAGCUCUCGAUGACCUACUGGGGCGAGGCGGCACUCACCGCCGGCUACCUUCACAACCUCACCAUCACUUCCACUCUUCCCUCUGGCAUUACGCCCUUCGAGAUGUUCCAUGGGCAUCGACCCGACGUCAGUCAUCUCCGUGUCUGGGGUGUUCGAUGCUUUGCUCAAGUCCCUGCCGAGAUGCAGAAGAAGCUGGGACCCAAGUCGAGGGAAUGCCUGUUCAUGGGCUACCCACCUUCGCAACGAGGGUAUCGCGUUCGGGACCUACAAACUCAUCAUUUCUUCUCCUCAGGCAGUGUCAUUUUUGACGAGAACAUCCCGUAUCACGCUCUGCACGAAGUUCCCUCAACGCCGAUGGACUACUCCUCCCUCCCUUUCCCUUCUUCCGUCCUGGACAAUAUUGCUUCCCCGCCUGAAUGUGAACAUAACCCGGACAAUGCGCCACAACCAUCCACGCCCAUAGCUCCCUCUCUUCCUGCCCCUGUGCCCCCACCCACACCUACUCACUCUUCUGUCUCGGACCAGCCAGUGCAUGUGCGGACGUUAACAAAGGCAGCUUCUGCAUGGAGGGAUGAGAGGAUUCGAGUGGAGAGGGAGGCUGACGGGCUGCAGGAGGCAGGGCCAGGGGAUGAUGUUGACAGCGACUUCACAUGCCUUUGUCGUGAUGGCCUCUUUGACACACUGUUGGAGUCUGACACUGUCACCACUGCAUCUCUGGACGUUGAAGACUAUCUUCAGCGUGACAUCGACGCACGUUAUGAGGCCGUCUUCCUCUCCAUUCGCAGCGACGUUCGCCGUGAUCCUCGUGUGGCCUCCUAUGACAUGUCAAUUCCUCCCGCAAAUCACCGCGAGGCUAUGUUACGUCCUGAUGCAGACGAGUGGCGGCGGGUUGAGCAGAAGGAGCUGGACAUGCUGAAGUCCAUGGGGGUCUAUGUGGAGGAAAUGCUGCCAGAGGGCCGCAAAGCGAUUGGUUGCUGCUGGGUCCACAAUUCAAGGUUGGUCCCAUUUGUCGACUACGACGCCACUUUUGCCCCAGUCGCCAAAGCUGUCAGCAUCAGGUUCGUAGCCGUGUACUCUGCACUGCUGGGGUGGGACCUUGAAUGUUUCGAUGCCACCCGGGCUUUCCUCUGGGGCGACCUGUCACGUCUCAUCUUCAUGCGCUGCCCUGACGGCUACAUCCCCUCCAUUGCCGGCGCUGUGUGGCGGCUCCUCAAAUCCCUCUAUGGUCUCAAGCAAGCGAGCCUGAUCUGGUACAAACUCCUCCGGAAGGUCCUCGAAGCUCUCGGUUUUGUCCGCUCAGAGUUUGACCACGCCCUGUUUGUGUUCAAGAGGGUCUGGUCCAACACCGACGUUCACUGUCUCCUCGCCAUGCAUGUUGAUGAUGGAUUGUCUGGCUGCAACUUCACCCCCUUCCUGACCUUCAUAAAAGGGGAGAUCGGCAAGGCUUUUGGCAUCAAGGACCUUGGGCCUGUCACCAUGUUUCUUGGUGUGCAGUUCGAGCGCGACCUUCAGACGUGUGAGCUCUGGAUCCACCAAGAGGCAUACACGGAUGUGCUUCUUGCCGAAUAUGGCCUCACCGACUGCAACCCGGUAUCUACGCCUCUCGACCCUGUUCAUCCGCUGGGUCACGAAUCGGAUGUCCCUCUCGAUGUGCCUGACCUGGUGCGUUCAUAUCAACGCCUCGUUGGAUCCCUCCUUUUCCUCCAAUCCUGCUCACGGCCCGACAUAUCCUUUGCUGUCCUCCUCCUCUCUCAGCACUGCUCGUCCCUGCUACCGCGUCACUUUGCUGCUGCCCGACGUGUCCUGCGCUACCUCAAGGGCACUCGCACCCACCGCCUCCAUUAUGGUGGGGCUCAGCAGGCCGUGCCAAUUGCGGGCCUCUCCGAUGCGGACUGGGCGGGGGAAAAAGGAACCAACCGUGCUUCCACGUCGGGCUUUGUAUGGUCCCUCGCUGGCAGCCCCAUCAGCUGGUCUGCAAAGAAGCAAACCUGCAUUGCCCUCUCCACCACGGAAGCUGAGUACAUUGCGCUCACCCGGGCAGUCCAAGAAGGCAUCUGGAUCCGGCAGUCACUCCUCACUCUCCACCUCCACUGCCCAAGCCCUCUCGUUAUCGCCACCGACAAUCACGGUGCCCGAUCACUCUCAGAGAACGACUCGGAUCACAGCCGGGCUAAGCACAUCGACAUUUGCUACCAUUUCAUUCGCUCUCACGUCGACAACCAGUCAUUCACCAUCGCGUUCACCCCCGGCGCCAUUAACACUGCGGACAUCUUCACCAAACCCCUCUCCCGUGUCAUUUUUCAAUCUCAUGUCGAACGCCUUGGUCUCGCACCUCGUUGA